AUGCCUUGGAUGACAACCACACUGUCACCGGUGACAGCCACACUGCCACAGGUGACGACCACACUGCCACAGGUGACGACCACACCGCCACAGGUGACAACCACGCCACAGGUGACAACCACACUGCCUCGGGUGACAAACACGCCACAGGUGACAACCGCACUGCCACAGGUGACAACCGCACCGCAGUGUUCACAGCUGGCACCCCCAGCAAACGGUGCCAUGACUGGCUCCAACUCCUACGGAGACGUGGUCACCUUCUCCUGUAACCCAGGAUACAAGCUGGUCGGCGCUUCUACACGUACCUGUCAGUCUGACGGGACUUGGAGCGGAAUAUCACCAACAUGCAGUGCUGUACAAUGCCCGACACUGAAACCUUCAGUCAAUGUCAUCAUGAGAGGGACCAAGUCCUACAAGGAAUUGACGUACUUCAGCUGCAACCGUGGGUACAAACUUGUAGGUGCAGAAAGCAUCAGGUGCCAGGCAGACGCUGUAAGAUGUACAAAGCUGCAACCCCCAGCAAACGGUGCCAUGACUGGCUCCAACUCCUACGGAGACGUGUCCACCUUCACCUGUAACCCAGGAUACAAGCUGGUCGGUACUUCAACACGUACCUGUCAGUCUGACGGGACUUGGAGUGGAGGUUCACCAACAUGUACAGGUAACUUCUGA